CUGCGCGCAACGUGGUUAAGGUUGAAUCUGCCGUUAGUUUGAAUUCACGUAACAACACGUGUUAAUGUGUAACCUCUUAUUGAAUAAUUUUCUUUUGUACGAAUUAUUACUAGCAUAUUGUUUGAACGGUAACAACAAUGCCACGUUUUGCAAAAGAAUCAGAUGAAGAGACGGAUGUAAAAUCUGUAGGCCGCAAGACCCGUGCUCACAUUGAGGCAGCAUUGCUUGAUUCUCCACUUCGUCGUAGCACUCGAAAUAAGUCAAAACAAAAUGAAUCUUCACCAGACUCACCUGUAAACGAUACGAGCAAUAUACAGAUUUCAAAAAUCAAGAAACGAGGAAUAGCUGUCAUGGAUAAUCCUACUACUGCUGAAAAUCGACGAAUGUUACGUUCCAGAAUAAAUUCUAUGUCCUCUGAUAUUAAUGAACUUCCAGAAUCAGAUAUUGGCACACCAACAAGGAAAACUAGAAACAAUGCUUCCAAUGAUAGUAAUAAGGUCAACACUCGAAGAAGUAAAUGUUUUACAAGAGCUGGUUCAGAGACAAAAUCUCCGCCAACAACAAGAGCUAGACGUAAUACUAGAGCUAGUUCUAUAGAACCUGAAGCAAUGACAUCAAGUAAGUUUAUAGACAAACAUCAGAAUGAAUUAAUAAGUACACCUAUUAAGACAAGAAGAAGAGCUUCAGUGUUACCCUCAGAAACAACGGUUUUAGAGGAGAAAGAAUGUAAGAAGAUUGCUGUUGUGACAUUAGAUCGUACUUUAUCUAAUGUCAUUGAAAUUAAAGAAACAGAAGCAGAAACUCUUGAUAAGACACCACAAAAAAACGAAUCAUUGUCAACUUCCAAAAAUAAAUUCAAUGCAAGUCAAAAGAGUAUAGAUGAAAAACAUUUAGAAGAUAAUGUUCAGGGGUCAUACAACAAUUCUCCAGAAAAUCUUUCUUCAAAUAGUUCUAAUAGUGUUAAAGAUGUUGAAAACAAUGUAUCUGCUGAUAACAAGAAAAUAUCAGAUAAUGAUAAAAAUGUACUAGAAAGUAGCGGAACAUCUGUAGAAGUAGAACUGUUAAUGGAUGAUGAUGAUUCUAAAAAGAAAGACACGUCCACAGAAAUAGAUUUAAAACUUGAUGAUUCAAAUAAUUCAAUGGAAAAACAUGAUAGUCACUCUAAUACAGAGAAUCUUACAACAAAUAUUGUUGCUGACAUACAAGAUACAAAAAAUGCAACUUUUAGUAAACAAGAAACUUCGAAAUCUUUAUCUGUGUCAGAUGAAGAAACAGGCAAAUAUUCCUGGAUUGAAACAAAUUUAUCGCCAAAACGUCAUCACUCUAAACAGUUAUUAGAAAUGUCAAAUGAAAAUGUUUCCAUCAAAAAAGUCAAUAAUAAUACUAGUGGUACAGUGCAUUUAUCAGUUAUAAGUUUGAAUGUCUCAACGGAUGAAGGAGAUAAAUCUGAUAAUUUACAAAAACUAAUUGUAAACACAGAAACAGAAUCAAUCAUUGGCAGUCCAUCUAGUGAAAGUUUAAAUAAAACUUCUAUACAAGUAUCUAUAAAUUCAAGUUCAAAUGAUUGUGUUGAAAUUGUGAAACAUACAAAAGAUGUCAAUACAGUAGAUUACAAUACAGUAGAUAAAUCUAUAAAAAUUGGCAAUGAACUAAAUGAAACAUCGGAGGAAAUAUGUAUUAAUGAAGAUAAAGAAAAUGUAGACAUCAAAAUGAAUACUUCAAAUGUAAAGAAAGAUAUGAAUGAAAAUAAAUCUGAAGAAAAUAAUACAAGCCAAUGUGUAAUUAGUGAUCAGUGUGAUACAGAAAAGAAAAAUGAUAAUUUAAAUAUGUCAGAAGAUGUACAUGAAAAACAUGAAAUAAGUUGUACAAAAUUAAUUGCAUUUCCAAAAUCAAGUGAUAUUAAUUCGCCGAAUUCAACAGAUGUGAAAUUAAUUUCAGAUACUCAAUGUUCCAUUGUUUCAAAGCACAAGAAUAUACAUUGUUCGCAAAAAAUUGAAAUAGAUAAUUUACUUUCUAACAACAAUUUGUUGAAAUCCUCAGACACUCAUACGAACCCAAAAGAUUCUGUUUUAAAUAAUAUAAAUGAAGUUGAUGUAAGUAACGUGAUUAAAAGCAGUAACUCUUCCAUUGUUACAGAGACUCCUGCUGAACUUGUUGAAGAAAUAUCUAAAAGAGAAGAACAUUCAAAGAAAGUUUCUGUAGUGGAUGAUUUUACUGAUUCUGCGACAUUGAAGAAACAAUGUGAAAACAAAUUAGAAUUGAGUGAGGAACAUUCGGACAUGAAAAUUGAUAAUAAUGAUUCUGAUACAAAUAUGACAAAUGUAUUUCAAGAUAUUCUAGCUAGUGAAUGGAAAGGAAAGGAUAACAAUACUAAUAAAAAACCUAUACAUUUAAACUCAACUGAAAAUGAAAGCGAAGGUGAAUGUGAUCUUAUUUUAGUCGAUAGAGAAGCAUGGUUAGCUGCGGAAAAUUUGAAAACAAACAAAGAAACAAAUACUUUUGAUUAUGAUUCGGAUGAUACUGUUAUAUCAAAAGCAUUUACAGAUUUCAUGAAAGCACAAAAGAAUGAAGAUAAACUUAUGGAUACAUUAAAAGAAGAAUACAAUUUAAAUGAUAGUCGAGAUAACUCUUCCAGUGCAAAGAAACGAAAAAUCAUGAAAGAAAAUAAAAAUAAAAACGAAGAAGGGAAUACAAUGGAAGAUACGAAAAAUAUUACACAAGAUGUAAAAAUGUCAAUAAAUGUAGAUAAGAAUGUAUCUCUGACAAAAAAUAGUAAUAAAUAUUCUACUUUUAAGAAUAAUAAAUCCAUUCAAAAAUCAUUAGAAGAUGAAAGUUUAUCUGAAGAUAUUCCAAAACAACGAAAAUCUCUUAAUAAGUCAAUACAAGAAACAAACAAACUUGAAAAAUUCAAUGAAGAAAUUGUAGAAAAGAGGAAUUCUUUAAAUAAAUCUAAUUGUGAAAAUGUACUUGCAUCUGCUAAGAAAAAUGAAAAAGAUCAGUUAUUAAAUACUUUAAAGAAAAAAAUAAAACCACAACAGUUAAAUGUAGAAAUCGCAGAAGAAUCUGACAACGAACUGAAAAAAGCUGAAUGUAGGGAGAAGCAAGAUAAUACAGCAAAGAAAAUAUUAAAUCGAUGUUAUUCAACCGUUGCUAAUUUUGGAUCCAAUUCUGAUGAAAGUAGAAAUAUUUCUGAUUUUGAUGAUUUACCAAAUAAAUCAUUGAAAAUACCAAAAUUUUUAUUUCGUGGAAUAAGCGACAAUAGCGACGAUAACAGUGAAUCUAAUAACAGCAUAGAUUCUGAUAUCAAAAUGGAAUAUAAUUUUGAUGGUUUAGAACUUCCUGAUGAUGAUGUGCCAGGAGAUGAAUGUAGAGCAUCAGAAACGGAAUCGUCAGAUUCAAAUGAUAAUGGAUCAGAUCUUGCAGAUUUUGUAGUUGAUGAUGAUGAGGAUGAAGAAGGAAUUGAAAGUGAAGAGAAGGAAGUUGAAAUUGAAAAUGAUCCAGAUAAUGAACAGGAUGUUAAAGAAGAUAAUGAGAAAGAUGAUGAGAAAAAAACAAAAGAAAUAAUUCAGAAAAAACAACAUGAAAAUGAUGAUGAAAAAGAUAAAAGUAAAUUGAUGGAUACUUCUAACACAGAAAAAAAUAAAUCAAGAAAAUCUAAUGAUUUAAGUAUAUCUCAAACUAUUAGAAGUGACCAGAAGAAGAAGAAAAAAAUUAAAAUAGAUACAUCUCAGAUGAAAGAUGGAAGUAAAUUGAUGGAUACUUCUAAUAUAGAAGAAAAUAAAUCAAGAAAAUCUAAUGAUUUAAGUAUAUCUCAAACUAUUGGAAGUGACCAGAAGAAGAAGAAGAAAAUUAAAAUAGAUACAUCUCAGAUAAAAGAUGGAAGUAAAUUGAUGGAUACUUCCAAUACAGAAGAAAAUAAAUCAAGAAAAUCUAAUGAUUUAAGUAUAUCUCAGACUAUUGGAAGUGACCAAAAGAAGAAGAAGAAGAAAGUUAAAAUAGAUACAUCUCAGACAGAGAAAGACGACAAGGAAGAUAAUUAUACUAAUUUGUCUUUUGAAACAGAAAAAAUAAAACAAAAACAAGAUUUUGGAGAACUUGUAAGUGAGAAUGUAGAAAAGUUAUUAAACGAGUCUGAACUAUCCAAAAUAGAAAAGUUUAGAAGAUCAAUAGAAUGUAGUACUCCUAAAAUAAAUAUAUCUAAACAAGAAAUCUGUGAUAUUAAAAAACAGGAUUCUUCUGACAAAGAAAGAAAUAAAAACUUGAUAUUCAAAGAAAAACAAAAUUUAAAAAAAUUAGAUGAUAUAAAAAUCAAUGAAAGUCUGAUUCAUAAAAGUCUACCAUCUGAAUUAAUUGAAUUAACAACAGAAACAAAUCUCUCAAGACCAAUGUCAUCUAAAGUAUUAGAAUUAAACAAAGAAACAUUAGUUUCCAAAAAUAAGACAUCUACAACAAAAUAUUUGAAAAAAGAAAAAUUAAACGAAAGUGCACCAACACUAAAAUUAAAUGCUAAGUCUAAGGAAGUUCAAUUAAUAAUUGCUACUAAUAGUAGCAUACAGAAUGAUCAAAAUAAAACAGAAAACGAAAACAAAGAUAAACAAAAGAUGAAAGCAACAGCAGAUGUAAGUGAUUCAUUAAAAAGAAAAUUGCUUAAAGUAGCAGGAAACAUAUUAGAAAGCGAUCGUCAUAAGAAACAUAAAAAACGAAAGCAACUAACAUUUGAAGAAACUCCUAAUGUUAUUUUAUCUAGAAAUGAUUUUAAAAAAGAUAAUGAUUCAUUAUUAACAAAGACAACUCAACAGUUUGUUCCUAUUCCCAAUAUUGACAAUAAUAAUGAAAUAGAAAAAGAAAAUAAGAAAAAGAAAAAAAAGAAAAAGGAAAAAGAUAAUAUCGAUGUGCAAAUACAAGAAAAAAUAAAUAAGGAAAUUGAAACAAAACCAGAAAGUCGAGAUAAAAAAAUACAUGACGAAGUAAAAAAGAAAAAAAAGAAAGAAAAAGAAAUUGAAAGCGUUUCAGAUUUAAUAAAUGAAAAGAGUAAAAUAAUAAAGAAAGAAAAGAAAAUUUCAAGUUCUUUACCAAAUGAGAAUGUUUUGAUUGAUCAACCGUCUAAGAAGAAACACAGAAAGCAGAAGUUAUUAAUAAAAGAUGAUGUUUUGCAGCAUGGAAAAGUUUCAGUUAAAAAAUUAUCAGAGGAACAGAAAAAACUAUUAGAAAGCAAUUAUAAAAAACAACAAUUGAAAAAUGCAAUAUCUGAGUCUGAUGAAGGACCAGAAACGAUUACAUUCUCUAAAGCUCGAGAUGAUGUGAUGGAAAUGUUAAAACGUACUGCUGAUAGUAUUAAAGCUAACAAAGAAAUGAAAAAGAAGAAACAAAAAGAGCACACAGAAAAAAUGCAGAAACAAAAAGAAAUUAAGAUCAAAGAAUUGAAACCCAAAAAUCAAAUAACAGAAAGUAAAAUGAAAGAACAAGGGAAAGGUGUGAAACGGCUUGCCAAUGAUGUGCUUGAAAAUUUAUCGGAUGUUCCAUUAAAAUCAAUGAAAAAAAGGAGAGUACUAGAAAAAUUUUCGACAGUUAGUUCCAAACCUGUUAUAAAGGUAAAAAAUAUGACUGUAGAAGACGAUUUUCUUACUUUACCAAGUUGUUCUGGAAGUACAACUCAAUUUAGUGUUAUCGAUAUUCAAACAAUUAAAAAAAGCAAGAAAGUUCCAAAAACAAGUUCAUUUCGGGAAAAGAUGCUUGCUAGGAAUUCACGACAGCCUGUUUCUGCUUACUUAAUGUAUUUGAAAAAGCAAGAAACCUUAGAUAAACAAAAGUUUUAUAAUAAACCAUAUUAA